CACUUCUGGAAAAAAACACAAUUUAAUCAAACACGAUGGACCCUACGAAGAAAAAAGAGAAGAAGAAGGAAGUGAUUCGAUUGGAACGCGAAUCAGUUAUUCCAGUACUCAAAUCCAGGCUGAUUAUGACACUGGCCAAUUUAAUCGAGAACGAUUCUGAUCGCAAUGAAUUUCUCAAGCUAUGCAAUAGAGUUCAGUACACGAUUCGCGCUUGGUACAACAUACAAUUCGAAGACCUCAUGGGAUUGUACGCGUUAUUUGACCCCAUCCACGGGGCACAAACUCUCGAGCAACAAAAUUUAUCAGACGAUGAGAUCGACGAGCUUGAGCAAAAUUUCUUGAAAUACUUGUUUGGAGUCAUGGACAAGAGCAAUUUCAAAAUCGCGAGCGAUGAAGAACUAGAAGUCGCGAAUUCAGGCCAGUACCUAUUGAACCUUCCCAUCACGGUCGAUGAAUCAAAACUCGACACUAAGCUUUUGUCCAAAUAUUUCGCGACUGCACCACGUGACGAAAAACUCCCUGAAUUUGCGGACAAGUACGUGAUUUUUCGUCGUGGCAUUGGAAUUGACAGGACGACGGAUUGGUUCAUAAUGGAGAAAAUUGACAUGAUCAUCGCGCGUACGUGGAAAUGGCUGAUGAAAAAGACGGGAGGGGACAAAUUCUUUGGGAAAAGAAUAUACAAGCGCAAUAAAAAGCCCCGAAAGAAACGAAUCCCAUCUGAAGAGGAGCAAGAUUUCUACGUUGAACGUAUUCGUAUCCAAAAUAUGGAACUAACUGUGCCUAACGUCCUUAGCAAGAUCACGAUCCAAGAACCAACGUUCGAGAGGAUCAUCGUCGUGUAUAGACGUGCUACCGAGGAAGGAGAAAAGCCGGACAGGGGAAUUUAUGUCAAACAUUUGAAAAACAUCCCAAUGGCUGAUUUAGAAAUUGUCCUGCCUGAGAAAAAAAAUCCUAGCCUAACACCAAUGGAUUGGGUCCAAUUUGUUGCAUCAGCAGUUGUUGGUCUUUUCGCAGUUGUGACAUCACUCGACAUGCCACAAGCUGACGCAUGGGUCAUGUUCGCGAUUCUCUCAACAGUGAUCGGUUAUUGCGCGAAGAUUUACUUCACAUUUCAACAAAACAUGGCUCAGUAUCAAAACUUGAUAACUCAAUCGAUGUAUGAUAAACAAUUGGACAGUGGACGGGGCACGUUACUUCAUUUGUGCGACGACGUUAUUCAUCAAGAGGUUAAAGAAGUGAUAAUUUCGUAUUUUAUACUGAUGGAACAAGGGAAAGCUACAUUAUUGGAUCUUGAUGCAAGAUGUGAGGAGUUAAUCAAAGAGAGAUUUGCUAUAAGCUGCAAUUUUGAUGUAGAUGAUGCAGUGUCAAAGCUAGAGAAAUUAGGUAUUGUGUCUAAGGAUGAAAUUGGGAGGUAUUAUUGUAUUGGUCUCAAAAGGGCUAAUGAGAUUAUUGGGACAACUACAGAGGAACUUGUUCUUAAAGCAAAACAGGGUCAGGUUGCGAUUACUUCCGGAAUAUGACACGGAUUCAGGAUUUAAAUUUUACAGGUUCGAGUUCGGAAUUUACCACGUCCUGUCUAAUUAUUUGUACUUGGUGCAUUUUUAACACAUAGACGGGGUCUAAGUCAGAGCUACUCGGUUCAGCUGAUCCUUACGCUUGGCUUGAUGUUACCUACAAGAAAAUGAUUUUUUUUGUAUUUUUUCUUACUUUUCAAUUUAGGUUAAUCUUUGCACGAAUAAUUUGGAAGUGACUCGAUGAGGAAAGUUGACAGGUAACAGAAAUAUCCUCAAAGAGCAUAAAAGAUGGGGUUUUAUCCAGAAUUUUUAUUAUUUUGCAGAUCUUAGUUUUGUGUCAAUUUUGUAGCCAAAAGAAUAAAUGGAGUUGAAUAUUCUCAAAGUCAAGUAUGUAUUUUUGUAGAAAUUUUCAUACUAUAUAUGAAAGUUGAU